AUGCUGGGCCACCGCACCCUUCUGGUGCUCCUGGCACUGCUGGCCCUGGCCCAGCAGCACAGCCCCAGGGACCAGGGCACUGCCUUCACCCUCACUGAAUCCCCUCACCAGGCCCUGCAGGGACACUGGACCCCCACUGCCCCUCCUGCCCCCCCUAAAGUGGAGAGCCCGGGCUACUGCCCCCGUGCUGGCAGUGCCAUCGGGCCAAGCUGUGGGACGAGAUGUCACAACGACACCACAUGCCACUCGGGGGAGAAGUGCUGCACCCGCGGCUGCUGCACCCGCUGCGUGCCUGCUGAGCCAGCCAAACCUGGGUUCUGCCCACGGAAACGUGCCCAGAGGAGAGCUGCCGCCUGCCCCAACCACUGCACUGAUGACCGGGACUGCCCUGGGGAACACAAGUGCUGCUUCUCUGGCUGUGGGUUGGCCUGCACCCCUCCAGACACAGGGAGCCACCAUACUGCAGCGAAGCCUGGCGUGUGCCCCACAGUGUUGCGGGGCUCCUUGGGGCCCUGCCUGGAGCGGUGUGACACUGACAGUGACUGCACUGGGGACGACAAGUGCUGCACCACUGGCUGUGGUCACGUCUGCAAACCGCCCACCAAGGGUAAACCAUCAGCACCCUGUGGGGCCAAGACCCCUGUGCCCCCUCCCUGCCUGUCACCGUGA